GCGGGAAACCCAAAAUCGGCAUCACCCACGCGAAAAGUCGAAAUCCCCCAUUUCGCCCUCCGCUCCGGCCGCUGAAGCCUCCGACGGGAGCCCCGCCGCCGCCGCUGCUUCCCGGCGGCGCCUCCUCCUCCCAGGACAGCGGAGGCGGACCGGACGGCGAUGGAGCGGAUCCACGUCGCCGUGCGGGCGCGGCCGCUCACGGCGGAGGACGCUGGAAGCAGCCCGUGGCGGGUCUCCGGCAACGCCAUCGCGCUCUCCACCCAGCCCUCCAUCCGCUUCGAGUUCGAUAGGAUAUUCGGCGAGGAGUGCCGCACCGCCGACGUCUACGGGGCCCGCACCAAGCACAUCGUCGACUCCGCAGUAAGAGGUUUCAACGGCACAGUUUUUGCAUAUGGACAAACUAACAGUGGGAAGACUUAUACAAUGAGAGGGUCUGGUAAUGAACCUGGGAUAAUACCUCUUGCAGUUCAUGAUCUAUUCAGGACUAUCGAAGAGCAUUUGGACAGAGAAUUUCUUCUCCGCAUGUCUUAUAUGGAAAUUUAUAAUGAGGAAAUAAAUGAUCUUCUUGUCCCGGAACAUCGGAAAUUGCAGAUUCAUGAAAGCAUCGAGAGGGGCAUAUAUGUUGCUGGCUUAAGAGAGGAAAUUGUUACCUGUCCUGAACAAGUACUGGAGUUUAUGUCAUUUGGAGAAUCUCACCGUCAUAUUGGGGAAACAAACAUGAAUGUGUACAGCAGUCGUUCUCAUACCAUAUUUCGCAUGGUAAUCGAGAGUCGAGAAAAGGUUGAUGAAAGUGAAGCGGGAGAGUCGUGUGAUGCUGUUCGAGUAUCUGUUCUGAAUCUGGUAGAUUUAGCUGGUUCAGAACGUGCUGCAAAGACUGGUGCUGAAGGUGUGAGACUUAAGGAGGGCUCUCACAUUAACAAAAGUCUUAUGACCCUUGGUACAGUCAUCAAGAAACUAAGCGAAGGCAUAGAAGGUCAGGGGGGGCAUGUUCCUUACCGAGAUAGUAAGUUGACAAGGAUUUUGCAACCUGCUCUGGGUGGAAAUGCCAAUACAGCCAUUAUAUGUAAUAUAACUCUUGCACAGGUCCAUGCAGAUGAGACCAAAAGCAGCUUACAAUUUGCCAGUAGAGCAUUACGUGUUACAAAUUGUGCAUGUGUUAACGAGAUUUUAACAGAUGCUGCAUUAUUAAAACGCCAAAGGAAAGAAAUUGAAGAACUUCGAGCGAAACUAAGGAACUCGCAAAGUGAACAUUGGGAGGAAGAAAUUCUGAAUUUGCGAAACACGCUACUGCAGAGUGAACUGGAAAAGGAGAGAAUUUCUUUGGAGCUGGAGGAGGAAAAGAAAGCCAAAGAACAGCGUGAUAAGAGGUUGAUUGAGCAAGCAAAGAAAAUUGAAAACCUUAGUUCAUUGGUAUUAAAUUCAGAAAGGGAUGAUAGAACUACUGUUUCUAGUAAGAACAAAAGACGGUUGACAUGGUGUCCUGGACUACUCUCUAGACAAUUUGAUGGUCAGGUUUUAGAGUCUGUGCAAGAAGACCCUCCGAGCAGCACAGUUAGGCAUGGACGUAAUAUGGAGAUGCCACUGCAUUUUGAAGAGCUAAUACAAGAAAGCUGUGAAAGCAGUAUUAAACAUUAUACUGAUGCUUACUCAUCUGGUAGUUUAUCCUGUGAAGAUGAUUCUCUUCCAGAUUCACAUGCUUUGCUACAUGUUACCAGCCGAAGAAAGCCAAAUACGAUGAAAAAAUCAGAUCAAGAACAGCUUAUGGGGUUGGCGAGUGAACGAAUUAUUCCCCAAGAACUUAAUGACUGGAAAUACACCACACAAAGUCAGGAAAACAUCAAAGCUUGUGUUAAUGGUUUAUCUGCUCGAGAAUCAGAAGCAAUUCUUGUCAUUAAGCAACUUGAAGAUCAGCAGAUAAAGUUGCUGGAGUUAGAGAAGAGUUCUUUUCAAAAUAACUUGGAUGAUGUUCUUGAAUUAGCAACUCAGCAGAAAGCUUCUUUCCAUGAGAAGUACGAAGAGCUUCAGCAGAAUGCUCUGGUUGCACAAGAACAAGCUAAAAUUGCUAAUGAAAAGCUUUCCAAACAAGAAGCAGCAUAUGAAUUCCUUACUGGUAUAUUUGUGGAGACUGAAAGCAUAGCUGUGCAAAUGGAUCAAUCAACACGCUCAGUUGACAAUGCUCUUUCUUUCAUUGAAGAGCUCUUCCAGAAUCUCUUCAUGAUGGCCAAAAACUUCACUGAAGCAAAGCAGUUUGUUUGUGGAGAUAUUACACAGUUCAGUUCUGUCAUUAGGGAUUACGAGAACAUUUCAAACUGUUUGCGAGAAAAACUCAGCAAACUUGAAAUGGAGAAGAAAAUAUUAGAUGAACAAUCCCUAGAUCAGAAAGAUGAACUUCAACGGUUGAAAUCUAGCUUAGAAAGUUGUGAGAAAGCUAUGGAGGAUUGUAAUAUUCAAAAUGAGCUGGAGAAAGAUAGCAUUCUAUCGGAGCUCCUAACUCUCCAAAAGGAAGUCGUAUACUUGUCAUCAUCUUCUUUGAUGAAAGAGAAGGAGUCUAUCCGAAAGGAACUUGACAGAACAAAAACAAAGUUAAAAGAGACCGAGAACAAACUUAAAAAUUCCAUUCAAGAGAAGAUAAAACUUGAGAGUGAAAAGGCUGAGGCCCAGAGAGAAAUAAAGAAGCUACAGAGCCAAAGGACUCUUCUUGAACGUGAUUUACGGAAACGUGAUUCGUUUACUGUUGACAAAAGACAUGAACAGAGUGUGAAGUCGAAGGAGCUUGCCGGUAUCUAUGAUCAAGCUGUCCAGAUUCAGGAGGACUACGGAAAGCUUGAGAUGCAUGCUUUUGAUAUGGAGGCUGAAAUUGCUUCGUUACAAGAAGCUUUAGUUACUACCAUUGCAGAAAAGGAAGAAGCAUUAUCUAGAGUGGAGCUUCUCACAUCAGCAGUGGAAGAUCUUGAAAGUAGGUUGAAUUCAGCAGAAUCAGAGACUAGUUCCUUGCUUGAGGAGACUGCUGUCUUGACUAGGAAGUUAGAUGCAUCUGAAUCUAUCUCUAAAAAACUUGAGGCUUCUAUUAGUUCUUUAUCAAGGGAAAAAGAAGACAUGGGAAUUGAACUUACUGAUGUUCUUCUGGAAAUGGAGUCUGAAAGAUCAACGUGGACUGCCAAGGAGAAAGCUUAUCUUGAAGCCAAACAAAAACUGAAUAUCUGCAAUAAGAACAAUUGCAAAUUAUCAGAAGAUUUGAUUAAGGUGAGACAAGAAUUGGCGUGUUGCAGAGAACAGUACAGUAUUCUUGAGGCUAAAAUGAUUUUCUCCAAGAAUGACACAAAUGAGGAGAAAUACUGCAGGGAGACUUUUGAAGAAUCAGAACGACUUCUGAAGAAAGAAAGAAACAUUGACACCGGUGUGAAUGAAAAUGAACUUCACCAACAACUAUUGUCGAUUACAGAAGAACGUGACAAGUUACUUUCUGAGAUUAAAUAUAUGAAUUCAGUCAUCAAUGAAUCAGAGGUUUUAAAAGAGAAUCAUAGUAAAAAGUUAAUACAGGCCAAAGCUACUAUAGAUGAGUUGAGUUCUAGGAUAUCUAUCGUGGAAGCCAAAAUGAAAAAUGAUGCUUCGGCUUAUAACAAAGAGAACACAAAGCUUAGGAUGCAGAUUCGGUGGAUGCAACCAGAACUUGAUGCACACCGUGGAAGGCUUAAAGAAGCAAUAAAUGAGAUGAAGCUGAUGGACACAAAGUAUCUGGAAGCAUCCACCAAGCUGAAGAAGGACCUUUCUUUCUACUGUCGUGAGGUUCUGAGGUUGAAAGAACAGCUUAAAGAAUCACAAGUUAAAGCAUCUUGACCCUGAAAUCUUUCUGCUGAGUAAUUCUUGUGUGGAGAAACUCGUGGUAGUACUAACCAUAUGACAAACAAUUGGUAUUGCCUCAAUGCCACUUCAUACAACUUUUGUAUACUGCUAGUGUAUUUGUUUCAGGUAGGUGUAUAGUGCUACAAUUCCCUGUAGAUCAUUACUUCCUAAUGCACCUGACUCAAAUUAUAAAGCAGUGGACCGUCUAGAACUUUUAACAGCCUUUCUCGCACUGCGAGUCUGUGAUAUAGGGUGAGUUAUUCAUAUUGUGACAUAUAGAUACUGGUUUUUCGUUUGGUUC